AUGGACCGGAGACUCAUCGAAAUGCAAGCCGUCAUUACGCGGCGCGAAGCGGAGUUCCGGAAGCAAAACAUGGACUUAAUGACCGAGCUGAUGGGUGACAUGAGGAGUCAGGACAAUCUGUUCGAUAAGAAUAUGAAGGACCUGCAGUUCAGAUUGAAGGGCCUGGAGAAGCAGAAGGCCGAUAUAAUUAAAGCCGAGGAUGAAGUUAAGGAUAAACUGUCGAAGCUGAGUGCCGCACGCACCAAGCUUGCGGAACAGAUGGCUGAAAUGAAAGAGAAGAUGGACGGCAUUCGGAGGCAAAGGCCGAGCGGCUCGUUAACUGCGAGGGGGAAGAAACCCUCUAAGGAGCCAUCUGUGGAUAUGUAA